UCUAAAUCAUCCACCAAACAAACUUCCAUCUCAUUUUCUCAAUUCUCAAUUUAUUGAUCUUGAAUGACAAAAUUUUCAAUUAGAGAGGGAGACAACAAAUCAUGACAUUAAGAUGAGAUAUGCCUUCUUUUUUCUUGCUUUAUUACAGUGUUGAAGUGAGAUGAGAAAAAUUACUUAUGAGUUUGAUCCUUUAAUUGUCUUAUAUAAAAGUUUAGUGGCCAAUGUGAUAUGUAUACAAAAGUUUGAUGACCAGAUAGUUAACCCAUUUUUUGCUGCAUUUGCGUUAAGUCCUUUUACUUUUUUUCCUUACACUUUACCUGUCUCAGGUCAAACCCCUGUCACCACCGUUAGGCCUUUUGUUUAGUGUUAUCUUCUACUCGUCCUCAGCCUUCCGUCAGCCCUCCUCCGUCGACCGAGCUCUACCCUCCACCGAUUCUUUUUCCAGCUUCCCGAUUUGAUUAGGACGACGUUGAUCCGGCGACCUGAAUCUGCGCAGGCAAUCGACGCCAAGCUGCCUGAAUUCUCGUGAGCUGCCGACGGGUACCGACUCGAUCGCGAUUGACCGCGAGCUGAAUCAGAGGCAGGGUAGGUCGUCUUACUGAUUCUUUGCUAGUUCGUGGCAAAGGUUAAAUCUUUGAAUUUCUUUCAGUUCCUUUGAAUCGGGAAGUUAAAAGCAAAUCAUUGUUCUGCUCUCUCUGAAAUUUUGGCAAAUUGAGCAAUAACAUCUUGCAUUGGUGGUGCUCUUUUCUAUGAGUCGUUUGAUUUGGCAUAAUUAGGAUUUGCUCAGCGGUUUUGAUGGCGUAGUUGGGGUUUGCUAAUUAAGCGGCUCUAAUAGAUUUGAAUGUCGAAAGAUGUGUCCUAGUCAUUAUCAUGGAGAAUGCUGGCAUUGGUAUGCAUUAGUUUCACGACUGAUUCUGGUUGGUAAUUAGCUGAUGAUUAUAUCAGAAUGGAUCUCUGGGGAUGCCACCUAGCACAGAAGUUGGUUCUGCCUCUUUCGACACAUUACUUGCUGAUAUUGUUUACUAGCGAAUAUGUGCUGAUUUGAAGUUGUUGGUUCUUUGCUGUUUCAUGUUCGACGAGCGACCUUAAUAAUUUUUACUUGUCAGCCCGAUUUGACUAUUCGUUUUGUGAUGUCUCCUUCAGUAUUUUGUUGGUGAGGGGUGUUAUUUAGUCCCUGGAAUGUAGUGAAACCAUGAGCUAAUUUUGGCUCCAGUUCAUCUUCAUGUGAUAGUAUUAGUCCCUUUCAUAUUGUACAUUCUGCUUCGAAAUGGUAUACUUCGGAUCAGAGUAUCAGAUGUUUUUCUCCCUCCAGUUUCCUGGGUUAUGUGAUAUCUAUAUUUUAGCUUCCCAUUUGUCUUGCCAUGAUUAAAUAUUUCUGGCAUAGUAAAGAAACUGAAACUGAGAACAUGGUUUACGUUUUGACCAGAAUUUUCCUGGCACAGGAUAGACGUAUCCCAAGUGUGAAAACCAGGAGCUUCAAAAGCUAAUCCAGGAAAAUGCUUAGAGCAAAUCGGUUCACAAAUGUCGCCCGUUCAACCAGAGCUUCAUUGUUCUCAUGUGAAGUCCAAGAAGCUCGAGCUGAACACCGUAUCAUCAUCGACCUGAGGAGCCGGCCUCAGCUGGCUUCCGUUCGCUUCCUUGACUUCUAUCAGCUUGGUAACAAAGCAGCUAUUGAGAAAGAGCGUGCCAGGAUUACAGAUGAGAUGAAUAGAGGGUACUUUGCUGAUAUGUCAGAGUUCAAGAAGCAUGGUGGAAAGAUUGCUCAGGCAAAUAAGAUAAUAAUUCCUGCAGAGACGGCAGCUAAGUUUCCAGACUUCGAACUCAACUUCUCUGAUGGUAGAGCCUUAAAGCUCCCUACUAGAUUCGGUGGGAGUAUCACCAAAUCUGAUGCUUCUGAUUUUCCGAAUGCGACUCUGCUUUGUCUUUCGUUUAGAGCAAGCUCUCAGGGAAUGAUCGACUCUUGGACUGUUCCUUUCCUUGAUGCAUAUCGUGAUGGCAAAAAUAUUCAGCUCUAUCAGGUGUCAUUCAUAGACUCAUGGCUCCUAUGUCGGAGUCCAAUCAAGCGUCUGCUGCUCCGGACUAUGAAGAAAUCCACCAUUGACGAGAGUCGAGCACUUCAAAAACAAAUUGCUUAUUCCUUUGGCGACAAUUACUACUUCAGAAAAGAACUCAAGAUACUGAACCUUCUCACAGGGUACAUUUACUUGCUGGACAAAUUUGGUAGAGUUAGAUGGCAGGGAUCUGGCUUGGCCACCGAAGAAGAGAUCUCCUCCCUCCUCUCAUGCACGUCGUUACUCUUACAGGAUUGAAGUUUCCUUCCUCUUCACACGUUCAUCCUUGGCAUCGACGGAAUUUUGAAUAACUGAGUUGAGGGCCUCUGUUUACUUAAGGAGACCCAGGUAAUAAGCUUUCAGAAACCAAACCAACAAUGGUAAUGAUAGUAUACAUUAUUCGUUUUGCUUUUUAUUUUUAUUUUUAUUUUUGUAGAAACAUGAUUCCUUCAUACAUCUUCGUCCGACCUGUGGUGUAACCGUGUAAGUUCCAGCAUAACCUUCUCCUAAAAACUCGAGUUAUUGGGAUCAACUGGUUUAUGACAUAGUAUCAGAGUUGGUUUGACCAAUUGGUCGUGUGUUCCAAUUUUCACGGCUCCAAUAUUAACUAUUGAUUAAAGCACAAGGUAAUGGUGGGGCCUAUGCAAACUUCAAGUCCUUGAGUUGGCUUUCGUUUGAGGGCUCUCAACCUCUGAUAUCCCAGUCUUUGGAGUUAUUUAUUGUCACAUGUAAUGUGCUACAAGUUCUAUAAUGACAAAGGAAGGUUCCUAGGAAGAAUGGUUAUGAUUCAAGAACUACCCAUAAAUCAGAAUGUGCCAAAAUGUGUUGUAUUCAAUGAAAGAAGAUAAAAGAAAGAUAAAGCCAACUCUCAUCAAUCAAUGAAAUAAAGGAAAAAGAUGAAGCUUUUAUAGGAAUGGUUUGUGACGUAAAUGUCAAGAUUUGCAAAGGAGGUUGGUGACCUAGUUUCCUAAUUUUGGUACAGAAAGAGGGCGAGAUUGGGUGCCUUAACAACAAAGCAAGGCCAUGUGUUAAUGUGUCCCUUCUGGUUUAGGGUUCCUGCUGAUGCUCAUGGCUGAUACCCCACUGUUGUUCACAGCGGGGAUGGAAUGGAAUGGCUGAUAAUUUUCUUGGAUGUGAUGCCACGUUUCAAGUAGGGGGUGUCAGUUCGGGUCGGGUUCGGUUACCCAACCCAAAAACCCGAAACCGAAAAUCACUAAAACCGAACCCGAUAAGGACUUGUGGGUUUUGGUUACCCGAAACCCAAAAAUUUCUUAUCGGGUUCGGGUUCGGUUAAAGCAAAACCGAAACCCGAAAACCCGAACGCCUAAAAAUACGGACUGAGUUCUAUUCAUUGGAGGUUUUUAGCCGGAACCCGAAAAACCGAUAAGCAAAACCGAACCUGAAACCGAAAACCCGACACCCGAAAUGAACCCGAACCCAAAAAACCGAAAAUAUAUAUAAUUGGGUCGUUUUCGGGUAAACCCGAAAAAUCGAACCGAAUUGACACCCUUAGUUUCAAGUAAUUUAAUCUUCUGGCUUCUUUUAAAAAAGUGGAAAAUGCCAAAAAAAAAAAAAAAGGAUAUUGGGCCCUGCAAAAGAAGCUGAUUUUGUGCUUAGUGGCGAAGUUGGAGGAUCUUUUCGUCCAAUCCUUUGUUUUUCCCAAAAUAAUUCCUUUUGCGCAUAUUUCGCUGCGAUCCACGGUGGCGCUUGCGGUGGCGAACUGGUAGUGGCGGUGGUUGCACUAAUGAAAUCUCUACUAUUUACCCUCUUUUGUUAGCUGGGUAGGGUCGUUUGUGCUUCUUUCUUUCUGUAGCUAUCUUUCACUUCUUCUUUGCAUUUGAUGGAUGCAAAAGGAAUUCACAAUGAAACAUUCCACGACUA